AUGAACAAUCCCAUGAAUAAUGGUAUGCAAAACCAGAACAACAAUGGUAAUCGUCAACAACAACAGCAAUUUAAUUUGCAAAAUAUAGCUCCUCAACAAUUAGCGCAGUUGGUAACUGCAAUGAGAACUUCAUAUGAUCAAGCUAAGAAUUCCACAAAUGAAUCAGAAAGACAGCAGCUCUUUAACCGUGCUGAAAAUAUCAGAAGAUUAUUGGCAAGAUAUCAAGCACAAAAGAAUAGGCUUCACCAACAGCAGCAGCAGCAACAACAACAACAGCAACAACAACAACAGCAACAACAACAACAGCCACAACCACAACAAUCGCAGCAGCAACAACAACAACAAUCUUUGUCGGAGCAUCAACAACAAAUUCAAGCAGUUCAAGCACAGGCACAAGCAUUAGCCCAAAUGAACAACCUCAACAAUAAUUUUAAUCAAAUGAAUAAUAUGAAUAAUAUGAAUAAUAUGAAUAAUAUGAAUAAUAUGAAUAAUAUGAAUAAUAACCAAGUUGGAUCCCCUAUGAUGCAACUGCAAUCACCAAACUCUUCGCUUCAGUCACCCAUGAUUCAACAAAAGCAAGUUAAUAUGGGUACACCAAUGAGACAACAGUCGCCGCUAAUGCAACAGCAAUCGCCAAACACAUCACAAUUCUCAUCUCAACAACUGCAAGGUACUCCACAACCUCAGUCUCAGCAGACACCACAACCAAACAACAAUAAUAUGUUUGGAAAUAUGAAUUCUUCUGGCUCUUCAAACAUGAAUUCUGGACAUAUGAACGGGAAUCCACUUGUGAAUAAUAUCACGAUGGAAAGGUUUAGCCAAAUUAGACAGAAGUUGGCAGAGGUUCAACAAAAGGUUCAAUUGCUAGAACAAAGCAAGAAAACAAAUAAUAUUACUCCGGAACAAAUACAAUUAAUCGAUAAAGAGAUAUUGGAACUUAAAACUAAAUUUCAACAAUACCAUAAAGUUGGCUUGUACAUAAAGAAUCAAUUAGCUCUUCAGGCAAAAGCACAACGUCAAAAACAACUUGAGCUACAACAACAGCAACAGCAGUUACAAAAUAAUACCAAUGCUAACCAACUACAGCAACAACUGCAAUUGCAAAAUACUCAACAGAAUUUACAACAACAAAUGCAACAAAACCAGGCUCAAAUGGCUCAGCAACGUAGUUUUUCUCCCCAGUUGCAAAAUGCUCACCCACCACCAUCACAGCAACAACAACAACAACAGUUUUUGAGCAAUCAACACCGUACUCAAAGUAAUAAAAACGUGAUGCAAAUGCAAUCACAAGCUCCAACACCUAUGCCAGCUAGACAAACUCCACAAUUGCAAGCAAAUCCACCUCCAGUGGCAAUGAAUUCACAAGCACCAACACCGUCGUUUCCUAUUUCUCAACCUACACCUUCAAUGAAUAGACCACCACUGGUUGCUCCUUCAGUGUCAGCACCGAUUCAACAACCACAGCAGCAGCAACGAGCACCAAGUAGACAAGCUUCCGCUACACCUCAGAAUCGUUUCCAACAACAGCAAACACAACCACAGCCUCAACAACAACAACAACAACAACAACAAGUGCAACCACCACAAAUUCCACCAAGCACAGCCCAAGAUAAGGUACAGCUGCAACGCCAAUCAACUUCUAGUGCUACUGGCACACCUGCUGCUAAAACCAAUGGACCAUCAACAAGUAAAUCUCCUUCUGUUGCCAAUGUAAAUUCUGCUGGGGCAUCGGGAACAGCUGGGGGUGCAGCCUCUAAUGAAGGAAGCGGGCAAGCAACUGCGCGAGGAACCCCACAACAGAAAUCGCGUUCAUCUAUGUCGUUGAAUUUGGCUGGUAUUACUAGGCAAUCUGCUCCAACUAUUCCAAUUUCCAAUUCCAUUAAUGUGAAACCACCAAUUGUAACUACUUUCAAUAGUGCGAAUGAUGCAAGACCGACAUUAACAGGUGGUGCCGCAAACUCAAUGAGUAUUUUGUUGGAUACUCCAGCAAUUACAAAAUUGCCAACUUUUGAUAUUGAAGGUGAUACCAGUUCACUUGAUGCAAAUGCUACUGGAAGAGUAUUUAAUAAAAGAAAGUUGACCGAUUUAAUAAAUACUAUUGGUGUUGAUGAAGGUGAUGGGAAAACUACUAUUGAUGGAAAUGUUGAAGAAUUAUUAUUGGAUUUGGCUGAUGAGUUUAUACAUUCUGUUACUAGUUUUGCAUGCAGAUUGGCAAAACAUAGAAAAGUUGAUAGUGUUGAAGCAAGAGAUAUCCAAUUACAUUUAGAUAAGAAUUGGAACAUUAAAAUUCCUGGUUAUGCUAUGGAUGAAAUUAGAAGUAACAGAAAAGUUCAACCAAGCAAUAGUUACAAUCAAAAAGUUCAAGGGGUGGAAGUUUCCAAAGCUGUUAAUGAUGAUAUGAACAAUGUAUAG